UGGAUGUGUAGUAGUUCACUUAAAAGCAAUGUGCUGAAAGUAAAUGGACACAUCAGUGGAAAAUGCCAGCGAUCUGCAGCUUCAGGUUGAAGAGAUUGAAGCUCUGUCCUCUAUUUAUGGAGAUGAAUGGUGUGUGAUUGAUGAAGCAUCCAGGAUAUUCUGUAUCAAAAUAUCAGAUGACAUUUCAGAUCCGAAGUGGUCUGUGUGUUUGCAGAUUAUUUUGCCUGAGGAUUACCCAAGCUCAGCUCCUCCAAUAUACCAAAUCAAUGCGGCGUGGUUGAGAGGUCCUGACCGUAUCACACUGUCAAACAGUCUGGAGGAAAUCUUCCUAGAGAACGUGGGUGAGAGCAUCCUGUACCUCUGGGUGGAAAAAAUAAGAGAAUUCCUGAUCGAAAGAGCGCAAAAUGGAAAUUCAGAACCAGAUGCUGGACGAACAAAGACAUCUGAGGAGCAGGAUGAGGAUUGGGAUGAAGCUGAAAUCCCAAACUUCCUGGAGAGAUCUCUAAAGCUGAACGCAGACCAAGCGCUGCAGUUCUCCAGCUCUUUAGCAGAUGAAGAGCUCCCACCGAUUAAACACGGCGAGCCGAUCACAGACAGACGCAGCACCUUCCAGCCUCAUUUAGCCCUCGUCGUGACACCCAAACAGGUGCAGGGAGUGUUAGACAAACUCUACGAAAACAAGAAAAUUGCAAGCGCAACGCACAACAUAUAUGCAUACAGGAUAUACUGUGAGGACAAAAACACGUUCCUGCAGGACUGUGAGGACGACGGCGAGACUGCCGCUGGUGGAAGACUGCUCCAUCUCCUCCAGAUUCUGGAUGUGAGGAAUGUGCUUGUGGUGGUGUCACGAUGGUACGGCGGCAUCCUGCUCGGCCCGGACCGUUUCAAACACAUCAACAACUGCGCCAGGAACAUCCUCAUCCAGGAGGGUUACGCAGAAACUGCGGAUGAAGCAUCAAAACCUGGAGGAAAAAGCAAAAAGCCCAGAGGCAAGAAGAUGAAAUGAAGUCGGCUGUGUGUACUGAUCAGUCUCGGGGUAGAUCGUGUCAACAUGCAGGUGCUAGUGGAUAAGGAGGUUAAUCUUAGUACAAAGCAGGAGGAGAGCUCUCGGUCGCGUGGAGCACUCCGACGAGGACUCGGCUGGCUUUGCAUUGUUAAUGGACAUCAAACAGGUUUAAUUCGCCGGGCCGAAGUCGAUGUCAGUCAUGAAUUUUCAUGGCUUUUUCAGCAUUAAAAUGACUAAAAAUGUUUGUACUUGAGUUUGUAAUUUUAGAUUUGCACUCUCAAAACUGUCAUCUUGAAAUUAAAAUUAGGUAACAAUUAAAAAUGUGCCUUUUGUGACACAAUCUGAAUGUUAAAAUAUCUAAAGACUCCAAGAUAUAAACAGCUUAAUGAAUUUCUUUAAGACAUUUUGAAUGAUGACUGCUGUGCUGCUUUGCUAUGCAUAACCACAUCCUUUCUGUUAUAAUUAGGGCCUUACUUAAUUCACAGGGAAACCUGCUUAAUUUCACAGACCUCAUUUUUCAAAAAUCAAAGAUUUUAUGAAUUUUUAAAGCCACAUUUCAUGGCUGUCAUUAAAGUACAGUCUUAAACUGAAUGAUAGAAUAAAUGGAAGCUACAACACACAGCACAGCCUACUUUAACGAGUGAAAGACCAGUGGGCCAGUGAUAGGUCAGUGAAAGGGCCAGUGAUAGCUCAGUGGUCAAGGUACUGGACUAGCAAUGAGAAGAUUGCCGGUUCAAGCCCCGCCACCACAAAGUUGCCACUGUUGGGUCCCUGAGCAAGGCCCUUAACCCUCAAUUGCUCAUCGUGUAAGUCGCUUUGGAUAAAAAGCGUCUGCUAAAUGAUGAAAAUGAAAGACGAAAAUACUCGUCCGUGUUUUGACCCCCACAUAAUCAGUUGGAAGUUUUCCAAACUCAGUUACUCGAGUCGUGUGUUUAGCAGCUUUACACUUCGACAUCUUGGACAUUUUGUCUAACGGCAGCGCGGUGGCUAAGUGGGUAGCACUGUCACCUCACAGCACGAAGGUCCUGGGUUCGAUCCCCAGGUGGGGCGGUCCGGGUCCUUUUUGUGUGGAGUUUGCAUGUUCUCCCAGUGUCUGCCUGGGUUUACUCCGAGUGCUCCGGUUUCCUUCCACAGUCCAAAGACAUGCAAGUGAGGUGAACUGAUGACCCUAAAUUGUCCAUGACUGUGUUUGAUAUAAUCUUGUGAACUGAUGAAUCUUGUGUAAUGAGUAACUACCGUUCCUGUCAUGAAUGUAACCAAAAAGUGUAAAACAUGAUUUCUAACCGAUUGCUAAAUUAACUGAGCGCCUUUAGUGUUUGCUGAGUUUAUAAAGUAACAAAUAAACUGUACAGAGACAAACUA